AUGGCGUCCGCCGCGACUUCAGGACCUCUUUCCAGUUGUCUAGAUCUUAUUGUAGAUACUGGCCGGUACCCCCAAGCUUCGCAUGUUCUCCCACAGAACGACCCAUGGACUUUGCCUGCAAUUACUGGUCAUUUGCAGUUCUCCAAGCUAGGAUUAAGAGGGUUCAGCAUGGCGGUUAUUAAGGGCGAUUUCGAGGCUGCGUGGACCAGCUUUUGUGAAGGAUUGAAUCAAGGCGAUGACGUGCUGCGCAAAGUUGACCGCGGCCACUGUUCAGACUUUUUAGCUCAUUUACCUAGCGGGGCUUCCACCGCCAGUAAAAUGUGGCCCCGGGCCAAGCAAUUCAAAAAGAGUAUGUCUGAUGCUGGAUAUGAACUAACAACCGAAGACUACGGCGUUUUAAUCAACUGCUGCUUCAAGGCUGGUGAUUACGACGGUGUGCUUCAGCUGUGGACGGAAAUGGACGCUUACGGUGUGGAACGAGAUGUAGUAGCAUGGAACCAGUAUAUCCAGGCUACAUGUGAUGCGUUCCCAGCGUUCUGGCCAAAGGGCGCUCGUAUCGGGAACUGGGAGCGAAUCAGCGUUAGCCGGUUGCCUCCUCUCAUAAAUAACGUCCAAGAGCUCCUGCUCAAAAUGGAGAUCAACGGGGUGGUGCCGAACGCGCGAACAUACGAGCUUGUUUUACUUGCGUUUGCUCGCCAAGGACAGAUCGGCAUGUGCGAACGCAUUAUUGAAAUGGCGUGGCUCGGAGAAAACUCCCGGUUAUCCAGGGACUCGCUUUUAUGGCCGUCAGUGUCCACUCUUUCAUCAAUCGUGGACGCUUAUUGUUUCAAUAAGCAGGUCGUUCGAGCAUGUGAGCUUAUGGACCACAUUAUCAAGCGAUAUAAUAUCCCGAUUGCAAGUCAAUCCGCCAAGCCAGUUUGGACAAAGCUUCUACGAUGGGUUGUGCUAAGGACAGAGCCGCGGGCCGAGCUUCCGACCGGCUUUUUUGAGCAAAUAUGGGCAGCUAUGGCAGGAAAGUACGGGAUUGAAGCCACGUUGGGAAUGUGGAGUAUUCGUCUCGAAUAUUUAGAAUGGAAAAACCAGUUCGACGAUAUGGAGAAAUGCAUUGAACCAAUAAUGUCAUUGCCCAGAGAUGAGAACCGUAAUGCUGUAGCCACUUCGGCUCUUAGACGUGUUGUCAAAGGGCUCACCAACACAGCUCGCUCGUUGGAUGCGGUUGCCGUUAUGGAGAAAUGGGCUCGGCGGGGGCUCGACGUCAGACUCGAACUGCAAGAUUAUGUACGGGCCAAAGGCGCCACGAAAGAGCAGUUGGAAAUGUACAGAGAAGAUGACGAUGACGAUAAUCUUUUGGGGAUUUCUUAA